GCCGAGUGUAAGCAUCGCAGGAACCAAGAGAGGGAGAGAGAGUGAGAGAGAGAGCAAAGAAGAGAGAGUGUGUGUGAGAGAGAAGAGAGAUAAGAAAGUGUAAGGAAAGAAAGAUAAAAUCGACAUCACUGCUGGCCUCCCUAUCGGUGUGAUAAUAGCGUGUGGAUUGGCACUGCUGUUACUUGCUGCACUGGUCUCCUGGAAGCUGUGCUGGGUUCCUUGGAGGAACAAAGCCCUCUCAUCCAGUUCUGCGGCCCUCGCCCCAGACGACUACCUCUCACUUCAGUUACCAUCUCUCCUGCCGAGUCCUCAGCCAUCUGAGGUCGCUAUGGCGACUGAGAAGGAAAAGUAUCCCAUGGCGUCGAUGGGCUUUCUGGAGGCAGCUGUUAAAAUAAGCCGCUCAUCUCCUGACAUCCCUGCUGAGGUACAGCUCUCAAUGAGGGAGCACUUUUUGCGCCGUACGCAGCGCAUGCAGAGACAGACCACCGAACCAGCAUCAUCCACCAGGCAUAGCUCCUUCAAACGUCACCUGAACCGUCAGAUGCAGGUAGGCAGUCUGGACCUGGGGAAUGACUAUGAUGUGGAUGAGCAGCCAACCAGCAUCGGCCGCAUCAAACCUGAACUCUACAAGCAGACGACGACAGAGAACGAAGAUUCAGGCAAUAGUCAAAGUGCCAAAAACUGUGGGAAGAUAAAUUUUUCUCUAUGCUAUGAUUAUGAGAAUGAGAUUUUACUCGUCAAGAUACUCAAGGCCUUUGAUCUACCAGCUAAGGAUCUUUGUGGCAGUUCUGACCCUUAUGUCAAGAUCUACCUGCUACCAGAUCGCAAGCAGAAGUUUCAGACACGAGUCCAUCGCAAAACGCUCAACCCAACAUUUGAUGAGUCCUUCCAGUUUCCUGUACCCUAUGAUGAGCUGCCUGUCAGGAAACUCCAUCUCAGCGUUUUUGACUUUGACCGGUUCUCAAGGCACGAUGUAAUUGGGGAGGUCACAUUGGACAAUCUGUUUGAAGUGUCUGAUCUCUCAAGGGAGACGUCCAUCUGGAAAGACAUUCAAUAUGCUACCUCUGACAGUGUGGACCUGGGAGAGAUCAUGUUCUCACUCUGCUAUCUGCCUACAGCAGGGAGAUUAACACUCACAGUCAUCAAGUGCAGGAACCUUAAGGCAAUGGACAUAACAGGAUACUCAGAUCCCUAUGUGAAAGUAUCUCUCAUUUGUGAUGGGAGACGUUUGAAAAAGAAGAAGACUACAACAAAGAAAAACACCUUGAAUCCCACCUAUAAUGAGGCCAUUAUCUUUGACAUCCCUCCUGAGAGCAUGGACCAAGUCAGCUUGCACAUCUCUGUCAUGGACUAUGACCUGGUGGGCCAUAAUGAGAUAAUUGGUGUGUGUCGUUUAGGUUGUGGUGCUGAAGGUUUAGGUAGGGACCACUGGAAUGAGACGCUCGCCUACCCCCGUAAGCCAAUUGCACACUGGCAUCCCCUGGUGGAAACCAAGAAAUCAGAAAAAGAGUGGAAGGCUAGAACGGCCAGUUUUGACAGUCAGGGGUCCUGUCCCUCCCCCAAACCCCCAGCCAGCCCUUGAUCAGAGCUAUAUAUAAGGCACCCCCCCUCUCUAACCAUUGUCACUCUGACAGUAGAAGGUAAAAAAAAUGACAAAGAGAGAGAUUAAGAGAAAUGUUCCCCAAGCCCUGCUAUUUCCACACAGAUGGUUUACAAACACUGAUCUAAGUUCAAACUCUGUUGUGUUUGCCCGAUGUUCCGUGUAUUCAAGCUGUUCCAGUACAUAUGAUCCUCAGUCAGUUCUUAGGGGUGUUGUGCAAACCUUUUCACCUAGAAUACUCUGCAAUGCCAAUUUUGUGUUACUAGAAUAGCUUGGUAUUGUUAGCAGAGAUGUUUCUUUCCCAUUUGACUUUUCCUCCAGACAAAAGCAUUUGAAAUCUGACCGUGGUGUUUUGCAUGCAGUGUGCGUGCACGUAGAACGUUGUGCACAGUACUGCUGUACUUUGUGGAAGGCUCUACUCAGAUCUUAGACUUUGAAAGCAGGAUCAGCCAUCUUGGGGGUUGGAUGGUUAAGAAUAUGUUCAGAAAGGACGAAGGUAAAUCAGAGACUGAGGGAAAGUACAAUGUUUUGUAUGAGUGAGAAAAGAGAACUGAAGAGUGAGAUGGAUUUGUUGUGUGCUACUAUGAACAAAUUAUUAUCUCUUGAAAAUCAGUAUGAAAACAAAACCUAUGUGAAGGUAUACUUAUAUCAAUAUAUAUCAGUUUAUAGAUGUUAUAUAAAUGUUAUAUGUGUACAAAAAGACUGUCUGAAUUUCUUCAGAGCACAACAAUCUUUGUCCUAUUCAUAGAUUUGCCAAAACAAAGACAGUUUACAUGUAAAAUAGUUCAUAUUUGCACACAAAAACACUUCAGAUGUAGCUGAAUACAUUUAUGUGAUUACAUUAAAAUUCAUGUGUGAGUACCGUGUGUACAAAUCUGGGCAUUUAAAGUAACAGUGUUUACAUGUGACACUGAAAUAUCCUUAGAUACCUGUCUUGGUUGAUGUGAGUUGUUCUUUUCACUUUUUUAUUAUUCAAAUACAUUUGAGGAGAUAAUUGAGGGUUUUAUUUAUAGCAUUGUAUUUAAUAGAUUCUAUUCCUCUUUGAACCCUCCAGCUGUUCUUACAGUAACAUCUUGUAAUCUUUUGAAAUGUAAUUUUACUGUAAGUUAUACUGGACUGACAUAGUUUUCUAUACUUUGAUGUAUUGUCCUGGGCAAUGUCUACAGUAAACAAUGUAUGCUCAAAUUUUGAAAUAGAGUACUAUUCAGGUCUGUAUGUCACGAGCAGGUUUGACAUAACGUAACAGGAACAAAUGUUUUAUUUAAAGAUUUGCAUUUGUUGCAUUUAACACCAAUUAUACUGUUAUGAUUAUGUCUUAAAAAGAUGGACAAUUGAAAGGAUAUGUAUGAGAUAGUGUGGUACCUAAUGUCUGUUACAUAUGGAAAUAUUUAUAUUAAUAAAAUAUAAAAUAUAAUUAUUAUAAUUUGAAUAUUAAUUUAUUAAUAUUUUAAUGUAUUAAUAAUUUUUAUAAUAAUUUACAAAGCAGUCAAAAUAGUAAUUCAUGUUACUUUUUAGACGUUUAUGUCAUAAAUCUAAGUCUUUCAUUUCAAUUUAGGGUUUUCCAUUAUUAUUUAUUUAUUUUUGUUUAUCUCUGUGGUUAAAAGUUAUCUUUGGUCUGAUUUACUCAAUCCUGGUUUCUGACCUAGUUAUUACAUUUACUUUCAUUCAUAACACAGUGAAAUUUAAAUCUAACAAACAGAGCUACUCUGGUUCACAUUGCUCAGUGCUAAAUUAAAGGGUAAGUUCACCAAAGUCUGUCAUAAUUUUCUUACCCUCAUGUCACUCCAAACAUGUAUGACUUUCUUCCUUCCAUGGAACAUAAGAAGAAAUUUCGAAAAAAAAAAAAAAAGAAAAGAAAAGAAAAAAAGUCAUACCACUUUGAAACAACAAUAAUGUAAGAAAAUGAUGACAGAAUUUUCAUUUUGGGUGAACUAUUCCUUUAACGUGCCUGUAGUUGCUAUAGUCCAAAAUUCUCCUCUCACUCAAAUUUACUUAAAAAUUGCUGCAAAAUGUUGGAAACAGAUAACAUAAAUGCACAAAAGUAGCAUUAGAUCAGAGCUUCCUUUCAAAGUUCUGGACAUCUUGACACUUUUAUGUUUUAAAUUAAAAAGAAAAUGAGAUAUAGUUUCCUUAUAGACAGACAAUUCAAAUGCAUGCAACAGCUGUUUCAAAGGCACAACCCCUGGUAGAGUGAACCUACUAUGCAGGAAGCUUGUUGUCAAUGCUGCCAAAACAUGCUGGGCAGUGGGCACAGCUCAAUAUUCCAGAGCAAUGACUUUUCACUUAUUUCCAGUUGGUGGUGUUAAAAUAUCUUGAAAUCCAUAUGGCACAUGGGGCACAUCCUCCAUCACCUUGUAGGGUAAUUGUUAAGCUUUAAGUAUUUCUAUAUAGUAAGAUUUCAUAUUUUAACAGAAUCUUUAAAAAUCCCAGUCAAUGUGGAGGAAAUGGUUGUACUAAAGUACAACUUUUUGGUUUUACCUGUUUUUACAAUAAUAAUAAUGUUGUAAAACUCAGUUAACUUAGAGUGUGUUUCUGUAGGUAUAUGUAAAAAAAUAAAGUUAAGAAAUACAAUCUGGUUAUUUACCUCACAACUGACUCUUGUGUGCUGUGUAUUAACAAAAUGUUUCUGCCCCCUUGUGAAUGAAACGACUUUCUAAUUUUGUAUUGAUCAUUUGUACUUACAAUAUAACUUGUAAUGUUUGAAACAGUUCUUGUAUUUU